GACUCCUUGCGCGAUGUCUUCUUCCUCCUCAUCCUCUCGUGUGAUACUGCCCAUCGUCACCGCGCAACCCUCCUUCCCCGACGUCGUGCGCGAGGUUGACGAUGGGAUCAUCCCGAGCGAGCAGAUAUGGGUGUCGUGCUAUAGGCGAGGACCACCCGACUCGAAUGGCGCUGCAAACAAGCCGACGUCGGUGCAUGCGAAGAUCGACGUGACGCUGGAUGCGAGGGAUAGGAACCUUGUGUUGUUCAAUACGGUGGAAGGGGAUGUGAAGCUGGAGAAGGGACUUAAUGGGACGUAUAUGUCGGGGUGCCCAUCCCUGAAUAUCCCUCCUACGACCUUGACUCUUGCAAGUCAGGAGUAUGUGGAUCCGGAGCGUGCUGAUUUGCAGAAGCCGCAUCGAAUAACUGCUCUCGCUGUCGCUCCGGAUGGGAGUACCUUCGCGUCUGGCUUUCUCGAUGGAUCUAUCCAUCUCUAUCCCAUCACCAACGAAGGCUUGAACCGGCCCCUUACCGAACCCCCUUUCAAACCCUACGCCGAAGGGAUUAAGACCGUCCCUGCCAAAUCAAUCUCUCGCGCCCAUCUCAGCACCGUCACCACCCUCUCCUACUUUGCCUCCUCCCGCGCCAUCCUCUCCGGCGGCAUCGACUUCACCCUUCAGGUCCAUCCCUCGCCAGUCCCUACCGAACUCGGGCGCCUAACACCUACGCGCACGCUCAAGGGGCACUCGCGUACUGUCACCGGUGCGCAUCCCAUCAGCGCGACCGGCGCGGUGUCGGUCAGUGCGGAUGGGACGGUGAGGCAGUGGGAUGUCGAGGAGGGCGAGCAGGUUGGGAUGCAUAUCGCUGCAACGGGUGUGGCGGCGCUUGCGGGGGAGAUUAUGAGGACUCGCCCGUCAGAAGCGCUCAUGGCGCUAGCGGACGGUCGCGCACAGCUGAUUGAUCUGCGCGCCGAACAUGGGCAGGGCGGGUUUAUCACGCCUCGACCGACGGCGUUUGGCGCGGGGAGCGCCAUAGACGCAAUCGACAACUUGUUCGCGAUCGGCUCGUCGCGCGGAGUGGCUGCUGUGCAUGACAGGCGACGUCCGGACGUCGUGCUCUUCGAGUUCGUGCGCAACGAAGGCGAGGGUGCGGCAGUGGGGGCAUUGGCUUUCCUGGACACUUCGAGGCUGGCGGUUGCCACGGCUGACGGGCUGCCGUUCAUCGUGAACACCACAGACACCGAUAGAAACGAACUGAGCGUGGAACGCGAGCUGAUAGGGGCGGACUGCGACGCGGUUCGGUGCUUGAGCAGGAGAGGGAAUGAGCUAUGGGCAGGAGGGGACGAUGGUGUGGUGAGGCGAUAUGUUGUUUGAAGCUGCGUCCUGAAAUCAAUGUAUCUAUACUCACUUUGUCCAUGUACUGGUAGGGAUUGUGCAUAUGCUACACGUCAAGCUACA